GCUCGAGGAAGUGCUGCGCACUGACACCCACACCAAGCGCGAUCGUCAAAAACAGUAUCGUCAACUCAGUGCCUCGAAGGCUGAUGGCGAUGAAGUAGGCCUAGCUUAUGUAGAAUGAGCGCACAGCAACUUGUCUUGAGGCAACGAGCAGAACUUGUCCAAGCAUUAUGCUGCGGCGGAACAGCGGAACCCCUGGACAGUGUUUUGGAUCUUCUCCUGUCGUGGAGUGCGUUUGAAUGGGAAGACUACUUGAACGUCUGUUGUGGAACGGCAAAGACCCUUUGCUCCAGGAGCAGGGAACUUCUAGACCUCGCAUAUUCUAAGGGUGACGACGCUUGCUGUCAUCUUCUGACUGCGUUUCAUCAGGUUCUUCCUGACGCACAGAAGGACACCCUGAACUUUGGUUCAACCUACACAGCCCAGAAGUCCCAGGAAGGGGAGAUCUCUGCAACACUAACGCUACUAGGUGACAGGCCUGGAUUGGUGACAAAGCUUCGCAAUAGUGUUGAUGAGGCACUGGAUGAAUUAGUUCAGAAGGGAUUCUUGACGUCCUCUGAGUGUGAAGAUAUUCAAUUACCAGUGCACACUGCUUCACAACAGGUGAGACGUUUGCUGGACAUUGUUAAGUUUAAAGGAGAAGGUGCGGCAAAGGUGCUUCUGCAGUUCUUGCAAAAAUCACAAAUUGAGGCUGUGCCACAACCUACAAAUGAGAAGUUAAUUAUUCCGACAUCUGUAGCAGAGUACCAGAAGAAGCUGUGCAGUUCUAUCUCGGCCCAGUCCCACUUCCUCAGCACCUACAGUCCCACGGGCAGGUUCUCCCUGGACGACGUCUACACCGAGGGCCUGUUGGAGCUUGGGCAGCAGGGUUGCGGUAACACAACUCUGGUGUCUGUGACCCUUGAGGAUGUGGUGGGAGCGACGGGGACGGUCAACGUGGAGGCCGACACGGUGCUGGUGUCCGGGGAGGCAGGCAGUGGCAAGAGCACCUUCCUGCAGAGGCUGCACCAGCUCUGGGCCCGAAAGACGGUGCUGCAAAACUACCUCCUGCUGUUCCCGUUCAGCUGCAGGAAGCUGAACACGGAGCAUCGAGAGCUCUCCGUGAAAGACCUGCUUUUCCUGCACUGCUGCUGGCCUGACGGUGACCAGGAGGAACUCUUCCAGUUCCUUUUGGAUCACCCUCACACGGUGCUGUUCACGUUCGACGGCCUCGACGAGUUCAAACAGGCGUUUGCCGACGAUCAGAGGCACUGCUCUCCGACCCAGUCGGCCAAGGUGCCCGUCUUGCUCUUCAAUCUGCUCCAGGGAUCCUUGAUGAAGGGUGUCCGAAAGUUGGUGACGAGCAGGACCGAGGCGGUCUCCUUUACACUAAGACCAUAUCUUUGCAAGGAAGUUCUCCUGAAAGGCUUCUCUCCGGACGGAAUCGACUGCUUCGUCAAGAAGCACCACUCCGAUCCCGGAGUGGCCUCCCGCGUGUUACAGUCGCUGCAGAGCAACACCGCACUCUUGGGCCUCUGCCACAUCCCUGUCUUCUGUUGGAUCGUGUCCAAAUGUUACAAGGAACUGCUCGGGUUCAGCAGCACCGGCCCGCAGACCAUCACUGACGUAUACCUCAUGGUGCUGCAGCACUUUUUCCAUCGCAGAAUCUCCUCUGGGAAAACCUCCGGGAAGAGUUGGCUUCAGGAACAUUUUCGUACAAUCAUGGCCCUCGGCAAGUUGGCUUUACAGGGCCUUGAACACUCUCACUACAUUUUCUCAGAAUCGGACGUGCAAAACCUGGGCAUUACCGAGGAGGAUAUUGGCAAGGGUUUUCUGAUUCAGAAUAAGAAUAUCUCCCUCGACACCAAACACUAUGAAUUUUUGCAUCUUACCUUGCAGUGUUUCUUCAGUGCUCUUUUCAUCACCCUAGAUCCCAGCAACAACAUGCACAGCAUAAUUCCAAGACUGUUCCAGACCCCAAGCAGCUCUAUGGGAUGUCUUGGAAUUUGUCAUCCCAGGAAAUGUGACCAGCCAGGGAACGAGCCUCCCAACCAUGAGAUCACGUCCAUGUUUGUUUCCGGCCUGCUAUCUCCAUGCCAUCACAGCCUGCUCCUACAGUGCUGCCCCAUUCAGACGCUGCAGAGGAAAUGCAAGCAGGUCAUGAAGUGCCUGUCCAAAGGCAUGCACAAUCACUUUAAAUCCAUCCCGCAGCCAAUAAAAGGGGAGAAGAAGAGCAUGCACGCCAUGCCUGCCUUCAUCUGGCUCAUCAAGUGCAUUUAUGAGAUGCAGGACAGCGAGCUCGCCAAAAGCGUCAUGGCCAAAUUGGAAGCGGAGCAUCUGAAGUUGACCUACUGCAACAUCGGACCCUUGGAGUGCACCGCUUUGGCCUUCGUGCUCCAGCACCUUAAGGGACCGGUGGGUCUGCAGCUGGACAGCAACUCGGUGGGAGACGUGGGAGUGGAGCAGCUUCUGCCCUGUCUGCACGUCUGCCGCUCCCUCUACUUGAGACACAAUAACAUCACAGAUGAGGGGAUUUCUAAACUUGUCGAGAAGGGGGUCGAGUGUGAGGCCUUCCAAAAGAUUGCGCUCUUCAACAAUAAGCUGACGGAUGCCUGUGCCCAACACUUCGCCUACCUCCUGAAAACGAAGCAGAACUUUGCUUCUCUGCGGCUGGGGAAUAAUAACAUAACAGCUGCCGGGGCUGAGCAGUUGGCGGAGGGCCUAAGGUGCAGCCCGUCACUUCGCUUUCUGGGUCUGUGGGGGAACACAGUAGGAGACGCAGGAGCUGAAGCCAUUGCUCACGCUCUGGAAGACAGUCAAACACUUGAAUGGCUGAGUCUAGUGGACAACCGAGUGGGCGAUGCAGGGGCGCAGGCCCUCGCCAGGGUCGUUGAGAAGAGUAGCACCUUAAAGGAACUCUGGUUGAACAACAACAGCAUAACAAGAUGUGGUGUAGAGUAUCUGCUUCAAGCCCUUGAAAGAAAUUCAACUGUUACGGCAUUGUGGCUAACGGGAAACAUUCUCAGUCAAGAGGAAGUUGAAGAGUUAUCUAUUAGAGAAAGCAGAGUGACUUUCUGAAAGCAGACCAACAGACCUGCUUGGAAUGUUUCUGAACUCAAUUUCAGUGUUGAUAGUAACACAGUAAAGAAAAUGCAGUGCUAAGUACAAUUGAAGUGUACAAUUUUUGGAAAUAAGCUCAUAUUAUUAUUCGAGGUUGACAAACCAAUGACGAAUGACGGUCAGGAUUUUCACUGAUGUGAGGUAGUUAAAGAUGUUACACAGAGUGUAGAAAGAAAAAAGAAGGGAAAAUGGACAGUUGUUUCAGUUAUGUUCAGAUGAGCAUCAUGAUAAUGAAUGAGACAUUUAAUGUCAGUCCUAAUCGAAUGAAGCAAGAGGUCAAAUGGUUUAUGGAAAUAUGGCAUUAUGGCCUUUGUUUACAUUGUGUUACACUCUACUUGUGUUACUCUGUGUGCUAUUUUGCUAUUUAUUUAAUUAGACUGUGUUGAAAUACUAGUAUAUAUGCUGCAGGUGUAUGGCAUAUGGUGUGUGCCAUGCAAAAUCAUUAAAUUACACUUAUGGAACAUUCA